AUGGCCCUUAAAAUAUCACAACAAAGGGAAGAUUCCAAAUUUUUAGCAAAGCCACGUGAGGGAUUGAAAGAGCCUCCAAAUCCUGAAGAAUGGAAACAGGUAUAUCGCAUCUCUUUGAUGGAUAACGAACUGCACAGUUUACUAGAAGCUCUAGACUGUUGUGAUCUUGUAACAUUGUUACUUCAAAGGAAUAAGAACUUGGUUGCCAUUCCUGAGUUCUUCUUUACAUCAAUAUGCCAUCUUCGAGUUCUGGAUUUGCAUGGACUCCCAACUGACAUAGAAGCGCUUAAGCAGCUUGAGGUGCUUGAUAUCCGAGGGACUAAGCUUAGUUUAUAUCAAAUUAGAACUUUAACCUGGUUGAAGUCAUUACGAAUGUCUUUGUCUAAUUUUGGCAGGGGAAGCCAAACUCAGAACCAAUCAGGAAAUGUUUCAAGCUUUGUUUCCUUGGAAGAGUUCAGUAUUGACAUUGAUUCGUCCUUGCGAUGGUGGGCCGGGAAUGGAAAUAUUAUCGCGGAGGAGGUGGCUACCUUGAAAAAGUUGACUUCUCUUCAAUUUUGCUUCACUACAGUGCAUUGCCUUGAGUUCUUUGUCAGCUCCAGCCCAGCAUGGAAAGAUUUCUUUGUCAGCACCAGCCCAGCUUGGGAAGAUCUCUCUUUCACAUUCCAAUUUGCUGUUGGUUACCAAAAUUUAACCUGCUUUCAAAUUCUUGAGUCUUUUGAAUAUCCAGGCUACAAUUGUCUGAAAUUCAUCAAUGGUGAAGGCAUUAAUCCUGUAAUCUCCAAGGUACUUGCAAAAACUCAUGCAUUUGGACUAAUUAACCACAAGGGAGUUUCAAGGCUAUCAGAUUUUGGUAUCAAGAACAUGAAUGAUCUCUUUAUUUGUUCAAUUGAAGGAUGCAAUGAAAUUGAAACCAUCAUCAAUGGCACUGGAAUAACAAAAAAUGUGUUUGAAUAUUUGCACCAUUUGCACAUAAAGAAUGUCUUAAAAUUGGAAAGCAUUUGGCAGGGCCCUGUUUAUGCUGGAAGUUCGACUCUUUUAAGGAUUCUAGUCUUACUUAGAUGUCCACAGUUGAAGAAGAUAUUCUCUAAUGGCAUGAUUCAACAGUUUUCUAAGCUGGAGGACUUGAGAGUUGAAGAAUGUGAUAAAAUUGAAGAGAUAAUAAUGAAAUCGGAGAACAAUGGAUUAGAAUCCAACCAACUUCCAAGACUGAAGACCCUAACACUCCUUAAUCUCCCAAGACUCAGAAGCAUUUGGGUUGAUGAUUCAUUGGAGUGA